AUGUCGUUGAAGAGGAAGAACCCUGACGAAGAGGGCGACGACAAUGAAGAUGAUGAUGAUGAUAGGUUGACAAAGGCCUCAAUAACGACGACGAAUACAUUCAUAAAGAGUAGCAGUAGCAGUAGCAGUAGUAUUGCUCGCAAUGGGCUUAGUGAACAUAAUAUCGAAUACAAUAGUAGUAGUGGCGGUGGUGGUCUGCUGAUCAAUAGCAGUGUCAUUGAUGAAGAUGAUGAUGAAGAGAGUAUAACAGCAUCAGAGGACAGUGAUGGUGACUCAGUCGUUGGUGAAGCAAUGAACAUACAACUGUUACAACAACAAUCGAAACUAUCUCCACAACCACAACCGCAACAACAUCUACUGAGUAGCAGUAGUGGCAGUCCAAGUUCUACUUCACCACAACAACAACAUAGACAACCUUUGAGUCCUCUGCCGCUGCAGACUCAUCCACCGAUGAAGCCCCAGCCCCAGCACCAGCCUCAGCCCCUACAUCAGCCCCAGCAUCAGCCCCAACCUCAGACUCAACCUCAAUCACUACCGCCACAACCUACACAACCACCGGCAAAGAAGAGGCAGUUUCUGAUGGGACCCAAACGAACAACCUCAGCUCAACAUCCGUUAGCCAUUGGUACACCAGCACAAACGACUAAAUUAUCACCUUCUUCCUCCUCCUCCACAACACCAUCACUAUAUCCUCUAUCACCCAUCACAACAUCACCUUCACCAACAACAACUACAACAACAACAGCAACUACACCACCAAUAUCAACAACAUCUACAACAUCUACAACAUCAACUACAACAACAACACCAACACAUACAUCAGCGCCUGUAAACUUGACAAUUGAAGAAGAUGACGAACAAUCCACACCUGUACAAGACAACAGCGCAGUCGGCUACCACAACUUCCUCCUCAACACCAACAAACACAAUCUAAUCAACGUUAACAAAAGCAGCAACACCAUUAACAACAACAACAACAAUCAUCACAUCAACAACAAUGGAGACAGUCAUCGCGAUCUCAACGAACAAUCGAUCGUGAGGGUACAUCCACCUAAAGGGAUGGGCACAAUGCCGACAACAACGACGACAACGACAUCGACAGCAUUGGCCACCCCGGCGCCGGGAAUGGGACAGCGAUGGAGUGUCAACAUCAAGACCAAUCGAAUCUACUUCCAGGAUCUGCUGAUGCGCCAGACAGAGUGCGCUCUCAACAAGAACAUCUCGACAUCGACACUCAGCAGGAGCCUGAACAAGUUCUUCUCAGACUUCCUGGAGGGCGCCCACUACAAGUCGCGUGACGCCGACCUGACCCGCAUCGUGCGCGCGCUCUACAUGCCCAAGAUCAAGGCAGUGUCGCCCAACGAGCAGGUGAAGAAGCGCAGCAUCAAGUGGCCCUGGAGAUCAAUGUCGCGCAUCCUCGAGUCCGAGAACAGCGAGGCCAUCAACAAGUUCAUGGCUCUCUUUGACAAUGGUAUCCCAAUGAACUCAUCGUUCGCCCGAGGUGAGUAA